AUGACUAAGACUGUAAUGGUGAGGUGUUACCUACUCUGUUUACUAACUCUUGCACUGUGUUGUGCUUGUGGGUUAGUAUGGGCUGAUAGUCCUAAAGCUUCUGAUUCCCUUAUUAAAACUUCCACUGUUGGUGUUCCUUCUCUUGUUCGUCGUGCUAUUCCUGCGCUUCUUCUUACUCCUUUGUGUGACGAUGAAGAAGAACAAGAAAAGUGGUUGUAUGAGGUGGAUGCGGAAAAUAAGGAUAUGGCUCAAAGCCUACAACCAAAUGGAAUCAAACCACCAGAUGAUUCAGCGGUAAAUGGGAUAGGGGGAUCUACUGUUAGAGCCGAAUCCUCUCCUGCAGAACACCCGGCUCCAGCACCACCUGGAGAGGCAUCAACGAAGAACGAUCACACCAUUGAACGAGAAACGGAAUCACCAGGACAAGGACAGGAAAGCAAUGUCACUCAUGACUCACCAAACGGAGAGACCAAAGUCACAUCACUGCCUGGAACUACUGACGGGCGAGAGACUUCUCCUACAGCAACUCUGAGUGCUCCUGAAACUUCUUCAGGGAGUUCAGCCACCCAAAACGCCGGGGAAUCUGAAGCUGCAGAGAGUAAGUCAACACAUACUAAAGACGGUGAUGUGGGUAAUACAGCUACCACCACCACCACUACCACAACUACAACAACACUUCCUCCUGAACUCAUAAACAACAAGAAGGGUGAUGCAGACAGCAGCAGCAGUAUCAGCAGUUCUGUGUGGGUGCGUGUGCCACUACUGAUUGUGGUUACACUGGCCUGUANCUGGUGGUGA